UUUUUUUUUUUUUUUUUCCUUUCAAUCGUUUUCGAGCACAAUGCUGGCUGCAGUAGUAGUGCGUCGACCCACGACUGCCGCGCAGUGCUACUCGACGCUGCUGUCAUCGCCACAGCAGCUCAUCCGUCGCGCUGCCGUUGCUGCUGAUGCUGCUUCAGUCACUGUCGCUGUGAUGGCUGGACGGUCGGGCCUCGCUGCUUCACCAUGCGGAAGACGAGCGAUCUCUGGAUUCGCACCAGGCUCGAGCGCACGCGCGCCCACCGACCAACCGCCAGCAGCAUCGGCAUCGUCGAGCUCGUCUGAAGCGUCGUAUGGCGGUGCGAGCGGACGGAAGAGCCGCCGGGGAGGCAUCCGCAAGCUCACCUCGGCCGAGUUUGUGCGCCAGUUGACGGGACAGCCCGAGCCGCGCCACCAGGAGGACGCUCUGCUGCAGCAGGUCGACGCAUUUGGCGGACAGGUCACGAAGGCGCUAAAGCAGCUCGCAGAGGAGCCGGGCAAGACCCACCAGCGGAUGAGCCGGCUGCGAUUGGAGAAGCAGCAGCAGGACGUGCUCGCAAGUGAGCGCGCACUGCACGCGCAGCAGGUCGCAGACGAGUCAGGUCGAAGCGUCUAUCGCCGUGCAGAGCAGAUCGAGUUGCGAGGAGCGCUCGACCGUGCACGCGCGUCGGUGACCAAGCCGCGAUUCGUGCGCAACUUGGCAACCCCCGGCCCCACCAACACGAUCGUGCUGCCCGCAGGCAUGGACAUGGCUGAGGGAGUCGAGUCGCCAGCCGAGCCAGAGUUUGAGUCCUUCAAACCGCGCGAGGAGGACGCCUUGGCGUACGAGCAAAACCGGCGCAAGCACCUGGACGAGCGCAUGACUGCCGAUCAGGCCUGGAACCGAGCCUACUUGAAGGCGCGUGAGAAUGAGCAGAUUCUCUCGAGUGAACUUGUGUCCAAGUCACCGGCGCCCUCUGCGACCGCGCUGGACAAGGACAAGUUUGAUGCCUUGACCCAGAAGCGCGCGUAUCUCGCCGCUGGAGCCGGUACCAAGAUUGUUGCGAUCGAGGAAGCCAGCGGUGACAGUGGCAUUGAAGCCGCUGCCACGGCUGCCGCUGCAGAUGCCGUCGCCGCCUUCACCAAGAAGCUCGGCGGUGCGAACGACGUGCACGCGGUCGCCGAUCAUGUUGCUGCCGCGUUCGGCGACAACGCCUCUUCCACCGUCGACAGCAGCAGCAGCACCACCACCACCACCACAACGUCUGUUGUUGAAGACGAGGACGACGGCGCGGAUCCCCUUGAUGCGGUCAACAUGAUGCAAGUCGACGACCCGCACCUGCUCAAGCUUGUCAAUGAGAUUUCGCGCAUGCGCCAAUUGUACGCCGAAAAGCUUCCCAACCGCAACCACGAGGCUGCUGGCGAGGCGCAGUUGUUGCCGGCCAUUACGAUUUCGCUCAAGGGCUAUGACUGGAGUGUGCUCGAGAGUUAUGCGUCGUUUAUUUCCAUGUUUGGUGAUUUUGCCGGAGCCACCACAACUGGAGUCCUCUUGUACCCUACUCACACCAAGCGUUUCGUUGUCCUCAAGUCCCCUCACAUCAACAAGAAGCAUCGUGACAUUUUCGUCCGAAACACGCAUCACCGAGGCGUCCGUAUUAGCAACUUGAACGAAGACACGCUUCAAAAGUUCUUGCAAAUCGUUGAGCGAGAAAUUCCCGCAGGUAUCGAGAUGCGCGUGGACCAAUUCUCCUACGAAGAGCUGCGCUUCUCACCUCGAGACUGGCGCGACAAGUACGAGGCUUUGGUACAGAGUUCUGCUGCGAACUGAGCCAAUUUUACUAAAUAGAUAUAAUGUACUUUUUUUUUUCUCUCUGUCUCCUCUCUGCUCUGGUUUUUCUGUUGAUACACUCGGAGACGAC